CCCUUACCCCCAAAUCUCGAAGAAUCGAAGAAGAAAGAAGAGAAAUUCAACCAAACAAACAAGAAAAGCAAAACUUUCCAGUUUUUGCUUCCACUUGUUUUGAUUCUUCACUUCUUCCCCUUUUCUGUCUAAAAAAAACAAGUAACCCUAGAAAGAAUAAAAGCAAAAACAGACAAAGAACAAAGGAAAAAAAAGAUUCAGCAGCUCAACCACCAAUCUUAAACAAGCAAAAACAUUCACUUUUCAAACUCAAAACCCUAAUUUAUAUCUCUUCCCUCUCUCUCUCCUUCUUUAAACAGUGAUUUCUGUCGCAGUCAUUAACGACUUUGUCUCUCUUUGAUCACGACUUUACCACAUUCACCCCAAACACUUUUCUUCUUUUUUAAUUAAAUUAGGGUUAUUUUGUUUUGUCUCUGUCUCUUUCUUUCUUUCUUCAAAUGAAUACCACUUCUACUACUACCACUUCCUCUUCUCUUGUCAAAGAAGAAGACUCUAAAGAUGAUAUAGAAAUAGAAAAACAACAAGAAGAAGAGUCUUCUUCAGUAGAUGUUGUUAAAAUUGCCCAAGUCUCUAACAAUUCGGAGAAAAUUGAAGAAGAAGACGAAAUCGUGGUAGUGGAUGAUAAAACAGAAGAGGAACAAUUGGAACAACAACUUGAAGAAGAAGAUCCAGUGGUUCCAAUGGAAGAAGAUACUGGAAAUCCAGCUACUGUUUUUCGGAUACGAUUAAAACAGCCUCGAUCCAAUUUGCUUCAUAAAAUGAGUGUUCCCGAACUAUGUCGUAAUUUUAGUGCUGUUAGUUGGUGUGGAAAAUCGAAUGCAAUUGCCUGUGCAUCUGAAACUUGUGCUAGAAUUCCAAGUUCUACAGCUAAUCCACCAUUCUGGAUUCCCAUACAUAUUGUGAACCCAGAGCGGCCGACUGAAUGUUCAAUGUUUAAUGUUAGAGCAGAUUCUCCACGUGAUUCAGUUCAGUUUAUUGAAUGGUCGCCUGUUUCUUGUCCCCGUGCCUUACUCAUUGCAAAUUUCCAUGGGAGGAUAACGAUUUGGUCUCAGCCUUCUAAAGGUCCAACUAAUCUAGUUAGGGAUUCUAGUUGCUGGGAGUGUGAACAUGAGUGGCGACAGGAUAUUGCAGUUGUGACAAAAUGGUUGACAGGAUUUUCUUCGUAUAGGUGGAUCUCCUCAACUUCCAGCACUCCAGCAAACUCUAAAUCAAGUUUAGAAGAAAAAUUUCUUUCACAGAAGCCACAAUCUUCAGAUAGAUGGCCAAACUUCCUUUGUGUGUGUUCUGUUUUCUCCUCGGGCUCGGUUCAACUUCACUGGUCGCAGUGGCCCCUUUCUCAAAAUGGUGCAACAUCAAAGUGGUUUACAACAAGUAAGGGAUUGCUUGGCGCUGGACCAAGUGGUAUCAUGGCUGCUGAUGCCAUCAUAACGGAGGCAGGUACCAUGCAUGUAGCUGGUGUUCCAAUUGUCAACCCAUCUACUGUUGUUGUCUGGGAGGUCACUCCUGGUCCUGGUAAUGGGUUUCAGGCAACUGCUAAGACAAGUACAACUGCUGGUGUCCCACCAUUGCUGAAUCCUCCUCGUUGGACAGGGUUUGCCCCUUUGGCAGCAUAUUUGUUAAGUUGGCAAGAGUACAUGACAGCUGAAGGAAAGCAAGGGAAGAAGCGUACGGCGCAAGAGUUCAAUGAAACAGUACCACUUCAUUGUUCACCUGUUUCAAAUUUCUCUGCCUAUGUGAGUCCUGAGGCUGCAGCUCAAUCAGCGGCGACUACUACUUGGGGAUCUGGCGUGACCGCAGUUGCUUUUGAUCCUACACAUGGUGGAUCAGUUAUAGCUGUUGUGAUAGUUGAAGGACAGUACAUGUCCCCAUAUGAUCCCGACGAAGGUCCAUCGAUUACAGGAUGGAGAGUACAAUGCUGGGAAUCUUCUCUUCAACCUGUUGUGCUUCACCCAAUUUUUGGAAACCCUACAUCCAGUUUUGGAGGGCAACCUCCCAUGCAAACAGUUUGGGUUACCAGAGUCAACAAAAGCAUACCUCCAAUGAAGGAAUUGAAAGGUUCCCAGAUAGUUGCAGCAGCAUCUACUACACCUGAAGAUAGAAGUGCAUCUGAAUCUUGGAUGGAGAAGACAAACAGGCUCAACUUUGACCCCUUUGAUCUGCCUAGUGAUGUUCGCACACUAGCUCGAGUUGUAUUUUCUGCUCAUGGAGGUGAGGUUGCUGUUGCAUUUCUACACGGAGAGGUCCACAUAUUUUCUGGUGCAAGCUUUUCGCCAGUUGAUAAGUACCAUGUGAAUGUUGUGAAUGCAAUCACUGCUCCUGCAUUCUCGUCUACUAGCUGUUGUUUGGCUUCUGUUUGCCAUGACACCAGAAACGAUCAUACUAUAUUAAAAAUAAUACGUGUUCUUCCUCCUGCUGUCCCUAGCAGUCAAGCAAAAUUAAACUCGGCAACAUGGGAACGUGCCAUUGCAGAUAGGUUUUGGUGGAGUCUUUUGGUAGGAGUUGAUUGGUGGGACGCCAUUGGAUGUACACAGAGUGCGGCAGAAGAUGGCAUUGUCUCAUUGAACAGUGUGAUUGCUGUGUUGGAUGCGGAUUUCCAUUCUCUUUCCUCCAGUCAAUGUCGGCAACAGCACGGCCCUAGUUUAGAUAGGAUAAAGUGUAGGCUGCUUGAAGGAACAAAUGCUCAAGAAGUCAGGGCGCUGGUUCUGGAUAUGCAGGCGAGGUUGUUGCUGGAUAUGUUAGGGAAAGGGAUUGAAUCAGCUCUCAUGAAUCCUGCAACUCUAGUACCUCAGCCUUGGCAAGCGUCUGGUGAGAUGUUAUCAGGCAUUGAUCCCGAUGCAAUGUCUGUUCAUCCAGCAUUAGUAGGAAGCAUUCAGGCUUAUGUUGAUUCUGUACUUGAUCUCUCGUCACAUUUUAUUACACGCUUGCGGCGUUAUGCAAGCUUUUGUCGUACCUUGGCAAGUCAUACUGUUGGAGCCACUGCAGGCACUGGAAGCAAUCGUAAUAUGGUUACUAGUCCCACACAUAGCUCUGCAUCUCCUUCUACACCUCAGGGAGGUCAAACUGGCACGACAAGCUCCACUGGAAACCCCCAAAUGCAAGCUUGGGUUCAAGGUGCUAUUGCGAAGAUUAGUAGCACAGCUGAUGGGACGUCCAAUUCCUCACCAAAUCCUAUAAGUGGACCAUCUCCAUUUAUGCCAAUAAGCAUCAAUACAGGAACUUUUCCAGGAACACCUGCUGUCAGGCUCAUUGGAGAUAGCCAUUUCCUGCAUAGGUUAUGCCAACUUCUGCUUUUCUGUUUUUUCUUUUGGCGAAGACAAUUACCUCGUCAAUCGGCAGCAGCAGCAGCGGCUGCACAGAGGAAUCCUGAGCUAAGUAUGCAAAAGUCUCAAUCUAGUCUUCCUGGGAAGGUGGAAGAGAUGAACGGGGUGCCUGCAAAACCAGCAUCAGGAGCUGGGCAGCUUAAUCCUGGAUCAAAGGGAGUCGAAGAAGGUCCUUUAAGCCGUUCACUUAGAAUAGGUUCUGGCAAUGCUGGACAUGGAUACACAUUUGAGGAGGUAAAGGUGCUUUUCCUCAUACUUAUGGAUCUCUGUAGACGAACAGCAGGUCUUGCACACCCUUUGCCAGUCUCUCAGGUUGGGGCCAGCAAUAUUCAGAUAUGUUUGCACUAUAUCGACGGGAACUACACUGUUUUACCUGAAGUUGUAGAAGCUUCCCUAGGCCCACAUAUGCAGAAUAUGCCGCGGCCUAGGGGUGCAGAUGCUGCUGGUUUGCUGCUACGUGAGUUGGAGCUCCACCCUCCAGCUGAAGAGUGGCACAGACGUAAUAUGUUUGGUGGCUCUUGGUCGAAUACUGAUGAUCCGGGCCACGUGGAUGAGACGCCCAAGCUGAGAAAUUCAUCAGACUUAUUUGAGACAAAUAUAUCUGAUGAUUAUGAUAUGUUAUCUGAAACUCAGAGCCUUUGGCCGAGGAAGCGUAGAUUAUCUGAAAGAGACGCUGCUUUUGGCUUGAAAACAUCAGUGGGGUUGGGCGCAUAUUUAGGUAUUAUGGGAUCCCGACGUGAUGUUGUCACUGCUGUAUGGAAAACAGGUCUAGAAGGUGUUUGGUACAAGUGUGUUAGAUGUUUGCGUCAAACUUCAGCAUUUGCUCCCGCAGGCGGUGCUUCCAACCAACCAAAUAGUAGUCACAACGAGCGGGAGGCAUGGUGGAUAAGUCGGUGGUCUUAUGGUUGCCCAAUGUGCGGCGGAACUUGGGUUCGAGUUGUUUAGAUAUAACCUACAACUAGUUUGAAGAAAUCCACAGUUGGAGGUAUACAUCUAUCUGUAUUGUGUUUUUGUACAUAUAACAAUAACAGAUAAUACUCUAAUCAAAAGCUUAACCUUUGUAGAAAGUAGAUAAUACUCUGUUGUAGUUUUGUACUUCAGAGUUCAGAGUAUGCAUUCUUAUGUCAAUGAACCAAAAACAUCAGGGCAUCUCCAUUCUUAUGUCAAUGAACCAAAAGCAUAAGGGCAUCUCCAGUA